UUGAAAUCAAGAUCAAAGGACACUAGAAUCGUGGACACACACAAACAGCAGAAUCAAAGUUAUAUCACUCAAGAAGAUAAAAGUGACAAAAAGCAUCUAUUCUCAGAGCAAUAAUUGGUGAGAAGAGAUUGAAAAUUUGGAUUAAGGAUUGCAGGUUUGAGAAAGGGAGAAACAAUGAGGGUGUUGCUGGUUUCAGUUGGGUCGUUGUUGGUAAUUUUGAUGUUCACUGUUUGUAAUGGGUUAUCUACUUCUAGAAUUCUUGAACGCAUGCAUAGCAGUGUCAGCGGGAAGUAUUUGACCAGGGAGGAACUCUGGUUCAAUCAGACUCUCGAUCACUUUUCUCCUUACGAUCAUCGUAAAUUUGGGCAGCGGUAUUAUGAGUACUUGGAUGAAUUCAGGCUUCCUGAUGGUCCAAUCUUCUUAAAAAUAUGUGGUGAAUCUGCAUGCAACGGGAUACAGAAUGACUAUAUUAGCGUAUUGGCGAAGAAGUUUGGAGCUGCUGUGGUUACUCCUGAGCAUCGGUACUAUGGGAAGAGUUCUCCAUUCAAAUCUCUAACUACCAAAAAUCUAAAAUUUCUUUCAUCUAAGCAGGCACUAUUUGACUUGGCUGCUUUCCGACAAUUUUAUCAGGAAUCCUUAAACUUGAAACUCAACAGAACAAAUUUUGAUAAUCCAUGGUUCGUUUUUGGUGUUUCCUAUGCUGGAGCACUCAGCGCGUGGUUUCGUCUGAAGUUCCCUCACCUUACAUGUGGCAGUCUUGCAAGUUCUGGUGUAGUUCUUGCUGUUUACAACUUCACUGAAUUCGAUCAGCAGGUUGGUGAAUCAGCAGGACCUGAAUGUAAAACUGUAUUACAGGAAGUUACUCAACUUGUUGAAGAACAACUUGGAUCAAAUGGUAAAGCACUGAAGAGCAAGUUCGGUGCUUCUGAGCUACAAAUAGAUGGUGACUUCUUGUAUUUUCUAGCAGAUGCUGCAGCCAUAGCCUUUCAAUAUGGGAAUCCCGAUAAACUGUGCACCCCUAUGACUGAAGCUAAGAAGGCUGGAGAGGAUCUAGUGAGUGCCUAUGCAAAAUACGUAAAGGAAUUUUAUGUUGGAAGUUUUGGAGCUGAUGUUCAAUCAUAUAACCAAGAAAACCUAAAAAGUGACUAUGAAUCUGGUGAUAGAUUAUGGUGGUUCCAAGUUUGUAGCGAAGUUGCAUAUUUCCAAGUGGCGCCUGCAAACGAUAGCAUCCGCUCUUCAAAGGUUGACACAAGGUACCAUUUGGAUUUAUGUAAAAAUGUUUUUGGAGAGGAUGUCUAUCCGGUUGUUGAUGAUACAAAUCUGUACUAUGGGGGCACAGACAUUGCUGGAUCAAAGAUAGUUUUUACAAAUGGAUCACAAGAUCCGUGGCGACAUGCAUCCAAGCAGGUGUCAUCUCCAGAUAUGCCGUCAUACAUAAUCACUUGUCAUAAUUGUGGUCAUGGAACUGAUCUAAGAGGAUGCCCACAAUCUCCUUUAGUUCCUGAAGGGAACUCUAAGAACUGCAGCUCACCUGAUGCAGUUAACAAAGUAAGACAGCAGAUGAUAGAACAGAUAGACUUAUGGCUGUCUCAGUGCCAUGCUGUCGGUAAGUGUUCUCUGAGUACCUAACUGGUCUUCAGAAGCAUAUAAUUGUGCCGAUUAACUAUCAACUUCUUCAUAACAGUUGCUUAUUUCCUACCAACUAUACAUAGUUGCUGGCAUUCAUGAUCUUAUAUGUUCUUAAUGAGUUGUUGUCUGUAUCAUGAUGAUGCGAAUAAGACAUACAAUGUAUCUGACCUUCAUUAUUGCAUAAAUAAAAUGCAGCACCAUUUUCA